AAAUAACGGAACCUGCAAGCUUACACAACCGGCACUCUGCCCACCUCCCGGCAAGGCUCCACCGGAUUCCCUCUCACUGUCAUCGCCAUCCUUUCCUCUCCUUCAGCCUCUCUCUCAGUCUAUCGGCCCUCAAGCUCGCCACUGCUACUUCACGUGUUGCCGCUUCUAACAGGUCACAUCUUUCUAUUGAAGUAAAAAGACUGGUGAUGAGAUAAUACACUUAGUUAUCCAUCGAGGCAAACACAAAUCAACACAAUGGGGAGGGCAAAAAAGGGCCCUAAAUUUGCAGCAAUGAAGAAGAUAGUCACCUCAAAAGCAAUUAAAAAGUAUAAAGAAGAGGUUUUGAAUCCAAAUAAAAAAGAUCUCUCCAAGGACAAGCUCCCUCGUAAUGUGCCACAAGUUUCUUCUGCACUUUACUUCAAAUACAACACAGCAUUGGGGCCACCGUACAGGGUUUUGGUGGACACCAACUUUAUCAAUUUCUCCAUCCAAAGUAAAUUGGAUUUGGAUAAGGCAAUGAUGGACUGUUUGUAUGCAAAAUGUACACCUUGUAUCACUGAUUGUGUUAUGGCAGAGCUUGAGAAGUUAGGUCAGAAAUAUCGUGUAGCUCUGAGAAUUGCUAAGGAUCCACAUUUUGAGAGACUGCCCGGUAUACACAAAGGGACAUAUGCUGAUGACUGUAUUAUUGACAGGGUUACUCAACAUAAAUGCUAUGUUGUUGCUACAUGUGAUCGUGAUCUGAAGCGAAGGAUAUGCAAGAUACCCUAUGUGCCAAUUAUGUACAUUACUCAACACAAAUAUUCAAUUGAGCGGAUGCCUGAAGCAACAAUAGGUGGACGUAAGCUCUUUGUUGUGAAACAUAGUGUUAUGCUCUUCCAAUUGGCAGAUUUAAAUUGCUCUAAGAUUUUGAGGCAUCUCAGAGGAGUGAGAAGAUACAUGGUUUUGUCAUAA